GACUCUCCGCUCUCAGUCAGAAUAAUACUGUGAUGGCUUGUGUCAGAGUCAGAACACCUUUCUGUGGAAAGGGGGAACUCAGAUGUGCGGUAGUUUUCGUAGGUGUAUUUUACUUGAUAAUAGCGUUGGCGGGAACAGCCGCAGGCUUUGGAUACAAGGCGACAGACUAUGGAUACGGUACUUACGGAGAGAACUAUUUUCUGUUGCUGUUGGGCGUAUCUUGUGUCAUAUGGAUCAUAGUAAACAUUCUCCUGCUUCACGGCGCCAUUACGAAGCAGCACAAGUUCCUUCUGCCAUGGAUCUACUGGCAUGUGGUGCUCCCUGUCAUUGCAUUCGCCGAACUAAUCUGGAGCAGCAUCGUGAUGGACAAAGUGUCUGUGUUUAAGGGUCCGCUUUAUGGCUUCCUAGAAGAUUCCAUGGCUGCUGUGCUUUCCUGCGUCGUCACAUUCCUGUGUACGGUGAUGUACUUCUUCAUCUUGGUGUACAGUUUAUAUCGCGACUUGAAGGGCGUGGACAGCAACAAUACUCCAAACACAUCUGAGCGUCCUGUUAUAACAGUGCUGCAGCCUGGUUACAACAAGUUUGCAGGAGCGCCACUUGGUCACCCAGUGUUGCAGACAGGAAUGCCAUCUACCAACACAUUGUCGCAAGCUGCUCAGGCUGCUCAGUAUGAUGAAGCCGUAGCGCCGGCUUCUGCUAAUCGGGAAGGAGAGACAGAGAACUAUUACGUAAUACCUGACGGCAAAUAACUUCAUUCAGUCUCUCUCCAGGCUCUCCGAAAUAAUAAUAAGACGAACAAUUGAAUUCAGUUCUUUACUUGUUCACUUGCUCAGCAUCCCAAAGGCUAAUUACAAUAAUGCAAGCACGAGCAAAAUAAAGAAACAAACAAACAUACACACUGAAGAAAAAAAGUGGCUAAUUUUAUCAUUUAGACCAUAACAAUUUUAUUAGAGCAAUCACGCAAACCAUUAUGAGAUGAAACAGGAAGUUCUGGGAAGAACUAAUCGCCUACUUCCCUUUCGCCGUAAUUGUAGUACCUGAUAGGGCAAGUAGAAAGAAAAGGUUAGUGUGUAUGCGUAAUGAAGUCAAUAAAAUGCUGCAAUGUUGGUAUUAUUGAUUGGAAUUAUUUGCGAGGUGCACCGUUGAGAUGACCUCAGAUGGCACGAUAUACAUACACAAGUUUCAUGACGAUUGGUAGAAUUAAGUUUAUUGCUUCGACAAAUUGAGAGGUUGUAAUGUUGGUACUAGUAAUAAGAGGGUUUCACUAGAAAAGCCGCUUCCAAAGAUCGUCAUACAACAUAUUUUGAGGGGGUAGUUCUACACCACAAAUUGAAUACUCUGGGUCAAAUGAAAGUAGGAAGAAUGCAAGCAAAUACAACUUCACAGUGUGUGUACACUAAGAACGUUUGCAACAAACAGUUCAGUAUGGAAAUACUAUAUUAUCUUUCUAUCCGUAACCAAUGGGUCUAUUAUACCUAGGAUCCUAAUAAUGUUCCUGGUGUCCCAAAGCCGUGUUAUCAAGAACUGCACUUAACGAGAUAUGAUAUAUAUAUAUAUCACUGUCAUCUUCU